AUGACCAUUGGUGCUUCUGAUAAGAUGGCUGCAUUCAAGAAUGCUAUGGAAAGCAAGAACGCUACCAGGGCUGACAAAUUCAUCGCUCUGAACCACGCUCACUCCGCUGUGGUUGCCAAGAUGGAGAGUCUUCAAACCGAUGAGGAACGGAAGGCUGUGGAAGACGCUUUUGUGCAGGAGCAAAAUAGAUGUCUAAGACUGCAGAGGAAGAGAUGCACAACCGACGAUUUUGAGGUCAUUAGGACGAUUGGUCAGGGAGCAUUUGGUGUGGUGAGGGUAGUCAGGCAUAAGGAAGAUAAAGAGAUAUAUGCAUUGAAACAGAUGCCAAAGAAAUGCAUGAAAAAGAAGAAUCAAAGGGAUCGUGUUGUGGCAGAAAAGAGCCUCUUAUCUCGAAUGGGAGAUACAUGGGUUAGUGCACUCUAUCAGACCUUUCAAGAUGAGGACAAUCU